CGAGGAAUUAAUGGCAUUGAGAGAGAGGAAACAUUGAUUUCAAUGUCACCGCAAUGGUACAGAGACUGAGCAUAGAUGGGAUGUUAUGACAAGGAUUCCGCCACGAAAAACAAUAGAUUGGACUGCCACGGAAGUUAGUCAGAAUCUGAAGAAAGUAGAUUGGCAUGUUGCAACAAUGAACAGAAGUCUCAGCUCGGCACUUCACCAUCUUACUGCAAGCUACGACGAACUGUCUCUAAAACAUCGAAUCAAAUAUGUGCUUCGGGUUAUUCAAGCAAUUUACUACCCUCUCCUCGCAAUUGUUGGUCUCACUGUAAACAUUGUAACGAUUGUCAUCCUGUCUCGGGGAAAAUGUGGUCUCUCUCGAUGGAUUACGCGUUAUCUGGUGGCCAUGUCAGCGGCAGAUCUACUCGUUGUUAUCCUAGAUCUGAUGUUGAGACAUAUUCCAAUUGUUUUUAAGGAACAGUUUAUUUUUCUAAAAUCUGUCCCUUUGUGCAAUAUUCAUGCUGUCCUGCUAUAUACAGCUAUUGAUUGUUCUGUAUGGUUCACUGUCGCUUUUACCUUUGAUCGUUUUGUAGUUCUUUGUUGCAGCAAGCUGAAAAGUAGUUACUGCACUGAAAGAACAGCGGCUGUAAUUCUGGGAACAAUGACUGUUUUGAGUGGUUUGAAGAACAUUUUCUGGUAUUUUAUGCUUACAGGUUUGUAUCGGCUUCAUAAAGAUCCCUGGUUUUGUAAUGUAUCAACAAGUGUUCAGUUCUCUUUGGUCUGGAGAUCCAUUGAGUUUGUCCAUUACAUAUUCACUCCAAUUAUCCCAUUUGUCAUUAUUCUGCUGCUGAACGCAUUCACUGCAAAACACGUUUUCAUGAACACCAAUGUCCGCAAGAGACUUCGCACUCAGAGUAUUGUAAGGAAUGUCAGAGAUGCAGAGAUGGAGAAUAGAAGAAGAUCCAUAAUUUUACUCUUCUUAAUCUCUGCUAAUUUUAUCCUACUGUGGUCAAUAUUAGUGAUUUCCACAUUAUGGAUGCGAAUGACAUUAUUGGGAUAUGCUGUAUGGAUCGAUCGAUUUUGGCGAGAUAUUGGCUUCAUGCUACAGCUUCUGAGCUGUUGCACAAAUACUUGUAUUUAUGUUGUGACACAGAAAAUGUUUAGAAAUCAGUUGAAGAAUGUUCUACGAUGUUUAUUUACUCUAAAAUUCCAAGCCAUCCAAUGAUGUAAUUACUCAAUCAUUGAGUGCAUCGAGCAGCUUUAUUAUACUUCACACUUGCUGUAGUCAGCUGGAAAUUUUUAUUUGUUAAGAAGUCAGGAAAUGUUUUUCAAAAUGGCCAUUUAGUGGGCUGUAAGGUUUCAUCCUUAUAGUAGUUGAAGAAAUAAAGUAAUGCCCAAUCACCACAGUGACAGGAGCAAAGACAUGUCACACAUAGUUCUUAAGGGGUGAAACAAUUAUACUGGGCAAAAUUAAUUAAGAUACAAAUCUGGUACUGUCAUCUCCAGUCAUAAUUGUUCUCCAAGGUAUUUUAUGGGUGAGGAUCCCUGGAUGGCUUGCUAAUGCUCAAAAUGCUGUUGAGGCCUUUUGCCCAGCACAGAGGUGGGAAGUGAUACUCUCUUUCCUAACAUGAGUAAAAGUAACAGGUGAGCUUCUGUCACACAGUAUGAGCAAACAUUGCAGGUAGGACAUGUUCCUUCUGUACUUGGAGAGGUGUGAGCAGAUCUGAUCAAAUUUUGUUUAAGCAGCGGAGCUGGGACUGUAUUUGCAUUGUGAUUGUUUGGCCAGAUUCAAUAUGACUGAUGGCAGACUAGGAAUUGCAUCCAUCUACUUCCUUGUUGAGAAUUUUUGGAAUACUUUGUUCCUCAUAUUGUAGGUGAUGCACAGUUCCAUCCCCAUGGUGCAUAGAGAUGCAUAAGGGGACAAUUCUCGAUACAGCAGCCAUGUCAGUUGAUGCCAUUCCCAAAAACACUCAAUCCAAAAGGGUCAAAAACGAAAGCAUCGUAAAGCGUCACCAGCUGACAAUCUCCAUUAUAAACAGAAUAACGACAACAAUAACUGGAAUAAGAUAGAAUAAGCAUGGAAACUUUUGCCUUUAAGCAAUCAGAAUUUAAGUAACACCUAAUCUUCAUAGUGUGGAAAGAUAUAUAAUCCAUGGUAAUGUUUAACAAUACUACAUAGUCGUUAACAUUCCUCAAUAGGAGGGAGAGAAAAAAAAAAGAUAGUUUAAAAGGUUCAAGAGUUGGUUGAGUAAAGUACUCAAGUCUUGCAGAGGACUCCAGCUGAGUUACAUUGAAAACAAUGCAGAAAUAUUCCAUAUCACUCAAAUCCUGGGAAGAAUCAGAGAUAAAAAGCAGUAAUGAUUAAAAGAGCUAGUUUUGGAGCACAUCACGUACAAACAUCAGAUUGAGGAAAACUUAGAAUUGAAGAGGUAAAGUAGAAUAUGUUUAGCAUGAGGCCUGGACUCAAUUUCACUCCAUAAAUGAGUUUUUGAAAUGUUCAGAUGUCACUCAAUCUGUCCCUUGAUUGCUUUUCAAGUGAAACAUUCCUUCAGACAACAGAAAGAUAGAUUAGGCUUAACGAGGGGCCUAUUUUAUUUCUACUUAAAGCUUCAAUAUCAAUCCCUGCCGUUUUGCAAUGUCUUAUCCAAUAUUUAGUUUUCACACUGUAACUGGGAUAUGAGCUGCUUGCAGUUAUAAAUGUUGAUUUCACCCAAAACUCAUGCUGAGCACAAUCUGCAUGAGUUGUCUUUUCUGGUCUUUUCUGAUCUGAUCCUAUUGAAACCAGGCAUUGGGUUUAAAAUAUAAUCUCCAGUGUCCAGUAGCAACAAUGAUUCUGAUGAAGCAACAUUCUGGGGAGAUUAUUCUGACACUUCAGUGUCAGAUUCCUUGCUCCCUAUUGAAGCUCCCAAUAGAAGCCUUCAGAUCAGACAUUGAUCAAGAGGGCCCAGAAAGGCAGAAGGGCGUGAGAUUUAUUGCUUUCCUUCUUUUCCAUUUUUGUUUUAUUUUUACUUAAUAGACAUUCAUUUCGACACAAAUUACUGCUGUCAAGUCUUCACUUAACAACAUUUAAUCGAAUUCAAAAGCAGCACUUUUGUACACUCUGUAAUCCAAGACACUAUCUUUUUUGUGUUUUCUCCGUUACUACCUAUCUGCAUCUUUUGCAAUAGUAUAAUUGACUGUCACUCGCUAUCCAUCAAUUUAGGUAGAUUGAUGUCAGCUUUUCCAAAACCCUUCCUCUUUCUCCUUUUCACAUUCACUCACUGUUUUUCGCUGUGAUUUCCGUAAGCUUGAUGUUUCUCUGGAUAGAAGCAAAAACCAGCAUGUUGAUAGAUGAUCGUGAGGGAGGGUGAACUCAAUAUUGGCGUUCGGGAGAGGGGAUACCAGGCUCAGUGGAAGUAGUCGCAGAGCCUUGGCUGUGUUCAAGUAUAAAUGCAACUAGGACUCUGAGAAAGGAGAAUUACAGCUCUUGGCAAAGGAAAUGGAGUUUCUAAAUGAUGAGGUUGCAUGGUUUGUGAAGAGCACAGGAUCAUGGAGAUCAGGCCAAGAAUUCAGGAAGGGUGUUUUUGAGUGCAGAUUGGAAUGCAUGGAGGAUAUCAGAGCCUUUCACAAAUAUUGCAAUUCUGUUGUCAGUUGGACCAAGUUUAAA